CGCUGUUCCUGAGCGGGAAAACGGUCGUCGAAUUUUUGAUCUCUCUCUCUCAGACUCUCUCUCUCUCUCUCUCUCCAGAUUCCAAUCCACUCUGCUGUUACCUCUACUGUACUCUCUCUCUCCAUCCCAUAUUUUUGGGCUUACUUCGAAAACCCUAAACCAUUUUUGGGGUUUUUGUUCACUCACUCCAAAUUCAGGAGCUAGGGUUUCAAACGAAACUCGAUUAUCGCCGGAAUGGACGAUUGCUCAAUCGAAAAUGAAUAACAACCAAGAAGGACCUAGUGGUGUCGAUUCUGGAGGCAGAUUCCAUACGGUUCAGCCACUUCGUGACUUAGAAUCAAAUUGGGCCGUAGAUCUCGCCAAAAACCUUGAAGAGUAUCUUUUGAAGAUUUGCUCCGGUGAGGUAACCGGCGAAGACGACGGCCACCUUUCCGUGAAUUUUGCCGAAGCUGCUUUGCUGCUUCAGGGUUCAAUUCAAGUGUACAGUAGGAAGGUGGAAUAUCUUUAUUCUUUGGUUCUACAUGCUUUAGAGUUCAUUUCUCAGAAGAGGCAGCAGGAUCAGACAGAGGAUGCCGCAGUCCAACCACAAGAAGAUGGUUCGAAUGCAGUUAUUGGUGAAGAAAAUGAUCUGUUUUGGGGCUUGGAUGAUAUCUCAGUGGAGCCUAAGAAUUCCCUGGAUAGUUCAUCUUGCAGAGAUGCUCCAUUAAAUCAUUUUGUGAAGACCCCUGCAAAUCUAGUUGUACUUGAAGGUGAUUGCUUUGAUGCUACUGGUGAUGGUGGGGAAUUGGAGUCGUAUCUGUUAGCCACCAAUGAUUUCUACCGGGAUUUUAUUCUAUUAGACCCAUGUGAUGCCGUAGCUGUUAAUGAUUUUCUGAGCGAUGACAAUAAUGGUAAAGGGAAAAACAGUGUCUACAGAGGAAGCUCUCUUACCUCUAAAUCUCGCAAGAUCUUUCAGUCUCCCACAAGACGUUCUGGGGGAACUUGCCAAAAAUUGUCGGUUGGGAAGAAUCAGGAUGCAAAUGUCAAUCGAUCUCCUUUGGUUGAUCACGGUUUUGAAUUUAAUGAUUGUAAUAUAAAUCCUGAUCCUCCUGACCACAACAAUUGUGGAUUUGAAAUGGAUGAUGGAUAUUCUGAACCUGGGGACUUGGAUGAUUCAGAUGACGAGGACGAUCCUUGGAAGCCUUUGAAUCCCCAUGAACCUGGGAAUUUGAAAGUAAAACCUUUUAAAAAAGUUAAAACUUUUAGAAGACCGGGUAUAAAUUCCGCUAAGCGGAUCCAAAUAACUACACAAUUUCCUCUUGCAAGAUUGCAUGGUACCAUUAGUCCAGAACUCACUGAAAUAUGGGAGACACAACGUAGUGCCUUAGGAAAACAAAAGGAGUCUCAAUCUCCUCCACUAUAUGAGAAGUUGCGCCAAUCACUUGUUCAUGGAGGGCAUGAAACUUUUGAUGCAUUUUCUAAUAGUAAGGAUGACAAUGAGGACAACGGAUAUGACAGUGGGGACCAUGAUUUUGGACCACCUGAUUUUGACAUGCCGGAGAAUACAUACAUGUACGAAGAAGAAUAUUUGCAUCCUGAAAAGCAUGGAGAUGAUGCUGUUCACGUUGACACUAAUGAAGCUUAUGGACAUGAAGAUCCAAAUUCUCAAGCAAGUCUAGAAGACCUUUGUCGCUCUCACCUGGAUGCUCUCCUGGCUAGCAUUGCUGAAACUGAGAAGCAGACUGAAAUGGCAGCUCGAGUUUCGACAUGGAAACAGAGAAUUGAGCAGAACUUGGAAGAGCAAGAUUCACGCCCACCAUUUGAUAUUCAUGAAUACGGUGAAAGAGUUUUGGACCAGCUAUCCCUGGAAGCAGAUGGUGGGAAUGUCAGGUCUUUCGCAGAUGUCGUCAGGGGCCAAGAGAAGCAUGAUGUUGCUCGAACUUUUUCUGCACUCCUUCAAUUGGUGAACAAUGGAAACAUUGGCCUUGAGAGGCGUGAAACGAAUGGUGAGACCAUGUGUUACACAGCUGCUAACCCCUUCUAUGUCCGGCUACUUAGCGACAAGAGACGGAAGGAAGUGCAGCUCCGAUCAUCAAAGAAGAGAGCAAAAUCACCUAAAAUAAAAGGAUGCAUGAAAGGUGAAGGCAACAAGUCAAGAAGAGAAAAAUCUCCAGCUCUUAGUUCAUCACCUUCAGCAUCUACAUCAACAGCAAUGUCAUCACAAUUGAAUUGCAAGCUCUCUUUGAAGCUAGGAAAGCUUGGCGGUGUUAGCUGCACUCCCGAUGGCAAGAGGAGACGAAAGUCUCGACUUGUUAACUUAAAUUCUGCAGGAUGACACGAAAAUCAUAUGGGGAAUUCAACACAUUUCUGGUUGAAUGGCGUCCAUCACUGAGAAGGUAACCUACCAUUAUCAUUUCUAGAUCACUAACAUAAUCUGUUGCAGUGAUAUGUAAUAUUUUUUACCCUUAAUUUAUUACUUGGAUAUAUAACUCAAGAGGCCCUUGCCUUUCUGGAAACUCGAGAGGCGGCUUGUAAAAACUUAUCUUUAAUCAAUGUAGAAUUCUCUCUUAUAAGUUCGUCCAAAACUUAUAUACUUGUAUUAGUCUUUGUUGUGCCCUGCAAUUAAGUUCUCAAGUAGUACUGUAAUAAUUGGAUGCAUGUGUGUUGACGUAAGUUGGUUGUGGUCUUCCAACCUAAGUCACACGAUUUUUCUCAAUAGGUGUCGUUCUUACGCUUCGCAUGCGUUCUUGCUUAAAUUCUCACUGCUUAUGACUUAAUUAUGUCGCUUUCACGCCUCCGCUCUUGAAUUCGUUCUCGCUCCGCUCCCGCUUUAUAUGACUUAGCUUCCAACUCUCUCUCCAUCUCAUAUUUAUAUAUUUAUAAUUGAUAUAUCAUAGUGUGACAAUAAGAGUUCUACAGAAAUAUACUUCCUUAGUUUUACAAAAGUAAUGUACUUGAAUGAAUCAACUUACAUUUUCUGUAAUUUUAAGUUGCAAUUUUUAUAUGGGAAUUUACAAUUUGUACUUCAAAUUAAACCUACUACUACCUAUUGGCUUACAGUUAUUAAAAAAAAAAAAAAAAAAAAAA